AUGUUAAAGAAGUCAGACAAUGUGGACCUUCUGGGUUGCUACAAAUAUACCGUCAAGUUGACUGGAUUGGAUUGCACACCAUGUGCAGCUGCCAAAAAUGGAGGAUCGAAAAUCGUUGGAUUUUUAGCAAGGCUCUUCGCCAUCCUUGUGAUCAUUUCGAUGUUCUACCGAACAUUCACAUUCCUUGGCGAAGAAGGAAAGCUUCUGACGCUGAACUGGUCUGAAUCUAACGUCUUCGGAUUCAUGGGAUUCCACGCAGUCGUCUGCAGUUUUUGUGUCAUGGGAUGGACUGCCAACGCAUUCAUUCCAAACUAUCUCAAACAACUCAACCAGGUCCGUGUGCUUCGCGUUGAGCCAAACGACGAGAUUGACGAAUACAGUGGGUUGAGAAAGAAGGCAUUCUUCUUCUCGCUUCCAUGGUUGGGAACUUUGGCAUUCACUGCUAUUUUCAAUGCUCUUCAAGAAAAAAUUCUGAUCUCAGGAGCGGUUGAACCAGCCUACAAGUAUUCUUUGUUCCCUGCUCUUGCAUUCCUUGUCUGGAUCAUCACAUUCUCCUGUCUCGCAUUCUACGCUCUCGUUCAAUUCUCAAUGACCCGCGAAAUCGAAUACUUCAAUAAGGAAUUGCAGAAGGCUAGCGAAGAAAAGAAACUCAAAGACCACACAGUCAUCUCCGAGUUCAGUUUCCGUCAAAAAGAGCUCAUCAAAUUGGUCAAGAAAGCAAACGAAUCCCUCUCCAGCUACGCUAAAGUUGCCCCACUCUUCUGCUUCUUCUCGAUAAUCAAUGCCAUUUUUAACUUGAGCUUCUUCUCCGCCGUCCCACUUCCAUACGCCUUUGGACUCAUCUUCCUUCUUGCCUGUACCAUUGGAAUGACUAUUCUUUCUUUGCUCCCAGCUGCCAAAGUGCAGGAUCAACUCACCGCCACCUCUACAAUUCUCAUGGAAAGUGAUGAGUUUGAGAAUGCCGAAGAUCCAAAAGUAUACCAAACCUACCGUGUCAUGGUCGACCGAUCUCUCGAAUCUGAAACCAGAAUCUUCGUCGUCAACGCUUUCGGAAUCAACUCAACCAAUCUCAACGUUGCCAUGUUCGCUGUUCCAAAUAUUGGGCCAAUUUUGAUGAUGCUCAGAAAGUUGCUCGAAUCGAACGGUGUCAACUUGUCAUAA